GCGCACGAAAAGGUGCAACAGUGGCUGGAGAAAAACAACAACAUUCAUUGGAACAAGAGGGUGGAACUUAUGGCAGUGCGAGACGACCCCAGAUUUCACUGAUCUAGUCCACAUUUGAGCCCCUUUUACUUCGGCUUUAUCUGUAAAUGUUGUCGAGCCCAUGAACCUGGCCAGUCAGAGCGGAGAGGCCGGCUGCAGCCAGCUGCUCUUCGCCAACUUUAACCAGGAUAACACAUCCCUAGCUGUUGGUACCAAGUCUGGGUACAAGUUUUUCUCCUUGUCAUCAGUAGACAAAUUGGAACAGAUCUAUGAAUGUACCGACACAGAAGAUGUGUGCAUCGUGGAGAGAUUGUUCUCCAGCAGCCUUGUCGCUAUUGUCAGCCUUAAGGCACCUAGGAAGCUGAAGGUCUGUCAUUUCAAGAAAGGGACAGAGAUAUGCAACUACAGCUACUCAAACACUAUACUGGCUGUGAAACUAAACAGACAGAGAUUGAUAGUGUGUUUAGAGGAGUCACUAUACAUCCACAACAUUAGGGAUAUGAAAGUACUACAUACCAUUCGAGAGACCCCUCCGAAUCCUUCCGGACUAUGUGCCCUGUCAAUCAGUAAUGACAACUGCUACUUGGCCUAUCCGGGAAGUGCAACAAUUGGGGAGGUACAAGUUUUUGAUACGGUCAACCUGAGGGCAGCUAACAUGAUCCCUGCCCAUGAUAGCCCACUAGCAGCACUGGCGUUUGAUGCAAGCGGGACUAAAUUGGCCACAGCCUCUGAGAAGGGAACCGUGAUCCGUGUGUUCUGCAUUCCAGAGGGCCAAAAGAUCUUUGAGUUCAGGAGGGGAGUAAAGAGAUGUGUGAGCAUCUGUUCCCUCGCCUUCAGUAUGGACGGACUCUAUCUGUCUGCCUCAAGCAACACCGAGACAGUUCAUAUUUUUAAGCUGGAGACCCAGAGAGAGAAGCCUCAGGAGGAGCCCACUACUUGGACGGGAUACUUUGGGAAAGUAUUGAUGGCCUCUACAACAUACCUGCCUGCACACGUAACAGAGAUGUUCACUCAAGGAAGGGCGUUUGCUACAGUCAGACUGCCCUUUUCAGGUCACAAGAACAUCUGCGCUCUGGCCAUAAUCCAGAAGAUUCCACGCCUGCUGGUGGCUGCAGCCGAUGGCUAUCUUUACCUGUACAAUCUGGACCCACAGGAGGGAGGAGAGUGCACACUAAUGAAACAGCAUAAGUUAGAUGGAAGUGUAGAGCCAGCGAAUGAAAUUCUUGAUCAGACCACUCACGACCGGCCACUCGUGGCACAGACCUACAGUGCUGCUGUUGCCAAAGGUUACACUGAGGAUCAGGGGGCAGUCGGGGGCGCUGGAGUAGAGGACGACAUGAACACCUUGCACCUGGACGAAGAGAACGAUCAGCCUCCGUUAAUCCUGGAAACGGACUGAGCCACUGGCAGAAGAUGGAACUGACUGAGUGACAUUGCAGAGCGGGGUUUCCUCCUCUGGUGCUGCUAUGGGCAUGUGUGACCUGAUAGAGAAAGGGAUUAAAACGGAGAUCAUUUUAAAGCAAGCCUAGCUGUAGCCUUAUUCUGUCUCUUGUUGCGUAGAUGUUUCCCUUCUCCCACCCUUGUGGCUUUAUAAAACUUGUGAAUUUUUCGUUGAUUUCCUUUUUUUUUUUAAUGCCAGGUUUUGUCCUUAAUCAGACCAAAAUAUGAAAUCCAAGCUGCAGGUUUCACAUCUCUUAGCUUUGCAUGUACUUGUGCCAAGAAUAGAAAUCCUAGAAAACUUUUGCUUCCAUGUGGAUGGUUCUGAUGUGUUUGCUGGCUAUUUCUCCUCAUGAACUGUGACGAGCACUCGUGUGGUUGUGCAUUUGUGUCUUUUUCAAAUGUGAUUGAAAGCGAACUGGCUUGCGCCGCCUGCUACGUCACCACACAACUGUUCAGUGUCUGCGAUAUCCCUUACCAAUCAUCUGUGGCUCAGUGGCACCGGGAUGUGAAUUUGUGUCCUGUAUUAACAAUAUACACGAUCUGUUAACAACAUGAUCUGGUUACAAUAACUGUUUUUUUACAGUGUUUUUAACUGGCUUAGAGGGUGGAUUUUAGUUUUACCCUGAAUUACUCCAUCUGUAAGUGCACAUGCUUUACAAGACUCUAUUUUGAUUAAUCCCAUGCCACAUUAUGGUUAAACAAUUUGGCAGUGGUGGAGACCUCUUUUUGGUUUUGAAUUAGCCCUAGUGUCUUCCUUUGGCCUGGACCGAUUUCAUUGAAGAUUUUUUAUUAUUUUAAGUUCCAAACAUUUAAGUAACCUCAGUAGUACAUACGACUGAUGAAGGUGUUUAUUGUAUUGGUUUCAGAGGGAACUUUCCAGUGAUGGAUGUGGUUUCAAGAGACUGGCUGUCAGUCAUCUUGUUUCCAGAAUAUUUUGUUUUAUUCUUAAUGAAUGAUGAAAGUUCAAGGCCCUGUCUCUUUGAUUAAUUCUCAAUACCAGCAUCGGACGAUUUCUUAUGACGUGGCAGAGCCUCGUUUUAGGUAGGUUGCAAUUUUGAGGGCCUUGUCCUUUGCAAAGACGGAAAGCAUAAUAUAUCUCACUAAAAAUAUCUUAAUCGUUAGUAACUGGUUGCAGCAUUCAGCUCGCAAACAGGGAGUGUUCUCACAGAUUUCCCUGUGGACUGCAGUCUGAAGUUAAACCAGGACAGGUCAAAUGUAAAAUCUGAAGUUCUACUGAAAAAUUAGAGGACCAGGGUUUAUGAAUGUGAUUACCAAAUAUUUACAAUACACAAAGUUAGCCAGUGUGUCCAAGCAAACAAUAAAGGCUUAUGGAGAUACUGCCUGAAUACUUGGAGCUCUAAAGGAUCCUGAGAUCAUUUUUAUGCAUGAUUGUCUCCUGAGCAUGUUUUGAUGUUGCAUAUCAACAAAUGUCAACGUCAGUCAUCAUCAGCCAAUGAGCUCUAAACUCCCCCAAUGCCACUUUAAUCUGUUUUCUAAUGAUUUUUGUAUAAAAAUGUAAAUUGUUCCAUAUAAAGAUUAAAUAAAUCCUCUGUUGAAAAUG